CCAGGUGACUGGGGGAUAAAGAACUGGAUCAACAAAACUAAUGCUGAGUGAUGCAUGAGUAUUAAGACACUCCCACCGUGUAUGGUGUCAUACUACACACGAAAGCUCAUUCAACUGGAUUUACUCUCUCCCUCUGGCUUUGCGCUAAUCGCAGUGUUGUGGUUUUUCUGCUGAGGCUCUGUGGUCGUCUUCUCCUCCCUCUCUCAGGAAACUCAGAGUCUCUCUCUCUUUUUCUUCACCGUCUAUAUAAGUAAGUGGUGAGUAGGCUGUUCGGCACUCGGGGAGAAACUAUCCAAGCGUAUUGCAAAUGCAGAGAGGUAUGUAAUUCGGCAUCGGCGUGGGAUCUACAGGAUGAUUGACAGUUGCCUGUGCUGAGUCACAUAGCAGAAUGCCCGGUGUGCCCUGCGGGGCCUUGCAACACCACACUGCGCCUGUAGCCUGUGCGAUCAUCUGCUCCUGGCUUUUGAUCCUGGUCCAUCCUGCCAUUUGCCAAAAACCUGCAAAGCUGCCUUUGGUGGGCCGCAAGCCUUUCCUGGCAGCCUGGAAUGCCCCGCUGGACAUGUGUACGCUGAAGUACAAUAUCAACGUCAGCCUUGAUCUUUUCCACAUCAGCGGAAGUCCACGGGCAGUCCACACGGGUCAGAAUGUCACCAUCUUCUAUGCCAACCGUCUGGGCCACUACCCUUUCUACAACGAACAGGGCGUUCCCAUCAACGGAGGCCUACCUCAAAACUGCAGCCUUGAAGCGCAUCUUCGCAAAGCCCGAGAAGACAUAACGCACUUUAUACCUUCGGAAGACUUCCGUGGCCUGGCUGUAAUCGACUGGGAAUUCUGGAGACCGCAAUGGAGUCGAAACUGGCACAAGAAGGACAUUUAUCGGCAGCGUUCGCGUGAGCUUAUUGAACAGGCCUACGUUAAUGUAACCGAAGCCCAGGUGGAGGAACUUGCCCGCUUGCGCUUCGAGAAGAGCGCCAAGGAGUUCAUGCGGGACACUCUGCAGCUCGGCACACAAACCCGUCCGCAAGGCCUCUGGGGUUUCUACCUGUACCCCGACUGCCACAAUUACAACGUGCAUGCGCACGACUACAACGGCACGUGCCCUGAACAGGAGACCUUUCGUAAUGACCAGCUGGAUUGGCUGUGGAACAGUAGCACUGCUCUUUUUCCUGCCCUGGCUAUACGCAAGGGUCACACAGACAGCAUUCGCAACCUGCACUUUUCAAAAAAUAGGGUGCUGGAGUCGUUGAGGCUGGCCUCCAAUACCUCACUGCCCUAUGACCUGCCUACAUAUGUAUAUACACGCCUGGGAUACAGGGAUGACGCUAUGGCAUUUCUGACCCAGAACGAUUUAAUACAUACAAUAGGAGAAAGUGCUGCUCUGGGUGCUGCAGGUUUUGUCAUUUGGGGUGAUCUCAACCUUACGUCCUCAAGGCACAACUGUUCCAAAGUGAAGGCCUUUCUGAACCACAGACUGGGUCAGUACAUCACUAAUGUUACCCGGGCAGCAGAAGUCUGUAGCGACUACCUGUGUCAGUCCAACGGACGCUGCGUCCGUCGAGACCCAGAGGAGCCGCACUAUCUACACUUAAACCGCGGGAGCUACCGGAUCCACUCCAACCGGAACGGCACAUUUACUGUGACCGGCGGGACCUCACUGCGUGACCUCAACAUGCUGACCAAGAGGUUUCGCUGUCACUGCUACCAGGGGUACCAGAGUGACCGCUGCGACAGCAUAGAGCCAGUAGAGAAAGAAGAAGACAAUAUGAUAAAGGAGGACAUGGAGGAGGUGUGGGAGGAGAAACCGGAGGAGCCUGAGGAGACGAGGGAUACGGCUGUGCCUUUAGAAAAAGCCUUCCUUUUGACGGUUCUACUCCUUUUGUUGAACUUAGCUUUAAUUUAAAGGGACACUCCACUUUUUUAUGAAAAAAUGCUAAUUUUCCAGCGCCCAUAGAGUUAAACAUUUGAUUCUUACCGUUUUGAAAUCCAUUCAGCUGAUCUCCGGGUCUGGCGCUAGCACUUUUAGCAUAGCUUAGCACAAUCCAUUGAAUCAGAUUAGACCAUUAGCAUCGCGCUAAAAAAUAACCAAAGAGUUUUGAUAUUUUUCCUAUUUAAAACUUGACUCUUCUGUAGUUACAUCUUGUACUAAGACCGACAAAAGUUGUGAUUUUCUAGGCAGAUAUGGCUAGGAACUAUACUCUCAAACUGGCAUAAUAAUCAGUGACUUUGCUGAUGUAACAUGGCUGCAGCAGGCGUGGUGAUAACACUAAUUUUAACACUUUUAAUUUCCGUCGGUCUUGUACACGAUGUAAGAAGAGUCAAGUUUUAAAUAGGAAAAAUAUAUAAACUCUUCGGUUAUUUUAUUUUGGUUAUAUUCCAAAACGGUAAGAAUCAAAUGUUUAACUCUAGGGGAGCUGGAAAAUGAGCAUAUUUUCCAAAAAAGUAAAAUGUUCCUUGAAGUGUGUAAUUUUGGUGCCACUGGCAUCCCUUAAAGCAAAAGCCCUGCCCCAAAACUGCACCAUUGGUUGAGCCGACGUUGCUGUGACAGGCUGUUUGAAAUUCUUAAAGAAACAGAGGAAUGUUUUAAAAAUACUAUGGCUUUUACACUACACUUUUUACAUUAGUUUUACAUUUAACUCUUUCCCCGCCAGCGUUUUUCAAAAAGUUGCUAGCCAGCGCCAGCAUUUUUUAUGAUUUUCACUAAAGUUGAAUGUCUUCCAAAAAAAA